AUGAUACCUUCCUCCGCAGUCAAGAAAACACAGACGAGUUCUUUUACUGGAUGGUAUUCAAAUGCUAUUAUUUUCAAUAAUUUUGAAUUAUGCAAUGGUUCUUUAUGGCGAGAGCCUCGUAUGGAAGCGUGGCUGCGUCAAGUAGAUAAAUCUGAAGGCAUAUACAAGUAUCGAUGGGGAGAUGCACCAAUUCGGACAUUAGCUGUUACUCAGUUCUUAGAGAAAAACCAGGUUGUUAAGCUAUGUGAUAUUGGAUAUUCUCAUCGUCAUCAGUAUACUUGCGCUAGCCAUAUUCACCCAUGCGCAGUUCCUCCUCAUCUAAAAGGAAGUUUGAACAGCUUUUAUCCUCAGGGAUGUUAUCCAACUGACAAUCCAUUUUGCAAUUAUUACCAAGAAAAUACAUGA